AUGGCCUACAGCUGCUGCUCUGGAAACUUCUCCUCCCGCUCCCUCGGGCACUGCCUGCCCUCCUCACGUUCCUCCUGUGGUUCUUCCUACCCCAGCAACCUGGUCUACACCACUACCAGCUGCUCUCCCAGCACCUGCCAGCUGGGAUCCUCUCUGAACACCAGCUGUCAAGAGACCUGCAUUGAGCCCAUCAGCUGCCAGAGGUCCUGUGUGGUGUCCAGCCCCUGCCAGACAGCCUGCUACUACCCCAGGAGCUCCACACCUUGCAGUCCCUGCCAGGGGACAUAUGUUGGGUCUCUGGGCUUUGGGUCCAGGAGCUGCCGUUCCCUGGGCUAUGGAUCUAGAAGCUGCUACUCAGUGGGUUGUGGAACCAGUGGUUUCAGAUCUCUGAAUUGUGGAGUCUCUGGCUUCCCUUCCCUGGGUUAUGGGUCCAGAGUCUGCUACCCAGCAUACUUGGCUUCUGCUACAUUUUAUCCUUACUGUUACACAUCAACCUGUGGGUCUAGCCUUUAUGGAUUCAACUGUUAA